AUGGAGGUCGUAAAUGCACGAGCAGCUCUGCUCUCCAACUACGAAGUCCUUUCUCUCCUCAAGGAGCUUGAAGAGGACCACAUAGCACGCACCAAGAAAAUCCAAAAGAUCAAAAAGGAUGAAGAAGCGGCGGGAACAUCUAUACCAGGCAACAUCGGCUCCGUCCUCGAAACGAGUGAAAAUCUAAGGACAAUUGAAGUCGAGGCAAUCCAAUACCUCUCAUCCGACUAUUUGCCGACCUCCACCCAAACCGAAGAAAGCAUAACCAACCUCGUCAAAAAGCUCGAACCCUACGACCUCACCAAAGCUGAAAAACUUCAAAUCGUCAACCUCGUACCAACCGCCGCUGUCGAACUCUACGUAAUCGUCGAAGAACUAGAGGACCGUUUCGGCGACCAAAUGGACGCCUUGCUCGCAACCAUCCAAGAAAUAGCAGAGGCUACGCAAGGAGCACCUGCCGCAGCAGCAACCACGGCGGUUAACGGCACAACCCACAUGCAGCUUGACGAAACAACAUGGACAAACCCUGCAGACUUUGGAGACGACGCAGAUGCAGUGUACGACGAAGAAAUGUUUGACGAUACGGGAGAGGGAGCAGGUGUCGAAGGCGAUCUUGACGUGGAGGAAGACUGACGGAUCAGGCUCAGUCGUUUCAAGUCAUCCUGACCUCGCCGUUCGAGUAUAUCAGCGCUGCAAGCUUAGCGACUGUUAACCCACUGGAACGUAUGGCCCAGUCUGGGUGCAAACCGCUCCCCCUAUAAGCGGCACUUGGAUUACUGUGCAUUCAUCGACGAAGGUCUGGCAAUAACCCAAUAGCCCCGACCAACCUGGAGAAGCGCUCUCAGAAGGUCCGAAUUCGAGAUAACAUUUUCUUGAAUUGCAUGUUUUACCUAGUUGACUUGUUGGACACAGCAUAAAAGACAGACUCGGGCGGGCAUAUAACAAUCCAACUUCAAAAAAAAAAACACAACUCCGAAAGGUUCUACAGACAAGGAGUGAACGCACAGGAAAGGGAGAAGACUAGCGCACGUAUUACUUUGUCUACCGAUAAAUAACCAACAAACAGGGAGCAAAAGUUAUCACCGGCAGCAAAGGUUGGUAAGGGUAUCGUAAACUUGUAAGGAAGUUGAAACGGAGAACCAAGAUUCAAUGUGGGGUACGUACAAGCACAACCGACGAUGACCCAAAACGCAAACUCUGGCGGUGAUAACUAAUACACGGUGAGGAGAACAAAAAGGUGGAGAAAGGUAAAUGAGGGAAACCGGCCGACGAACAAAGAGACUUUGGUGGCGGGAUGCGGGUAAAGAGUGAUUUGAAAAAAGAAUGGUAUGGUGGAAAUGACUGUAUGAACGAAGUCCGUGAAUGAAAAGAGUCCCAUUCAGGCUCGAGUUUGGUUUGGGGGCGUGGUAAGGAAUAAUGCUACGGGUAAGCUAAUGAGGAUGCUGGUGAGGAUUAAUGUGUGAGGCAGUUGGGCAUUACGGUUAUGGAUAGCUC